GCCAUAGACAUGUUAUCAAAGUGUUGAUAAAUUUCGUCUAAGACACAUCGCUUACCACUGCACGCGCGAAAGAAAGCAAGAAACCAUGCGUUCUGCACUGCCGCUACUCAUACUGUUCAGCGUUUGCUGCCUAGGCCUCCAAGCUGCCGUUGUACCAGCACCAGCUUUGAAUGCUGUUUCUGCCAACACACACAUGCAACACGAAGGACGCAUUGUGGGCGGCGAACAGACCGAUAUUGCACAGUAUCCUUACCAAGUAUCCAUACGGCUGGACUCUUCCGUGCUUAUACACAUUUGUGGCGGUUCGAUUUAUGCACCGCACGUCAUCGUUACUGCGGCGCACUGCUUGAAAGGACGUUACGCUUCGACCAUACGUGUCGUUGCAGGUUCAUCCACGAUCGCCGAUCAGUCGGAGCUGGGCGUAGCUGCGCAGAAACUGAUCUAUCACAGCGGUUAUAAGAAGAAAACACACACUAAUGAUGUGGGUCUUAUCAUAUUGAAGGAACCUCUAAUUUUCGAUACCAACGUACAACCCAUACAAUUGGCACGCACUUCAGCUGUGGUGGGUGCACAUGCCAUUGCCACCGGUUGGGGCAAGAACGAUGAGAAGGCACAGCAAAUGACAAAAGUAUUGCAGGCGGUCGAGUUACAAAUUGUCGAUGCGUUGCAAUGUGGCGUGCAAUAUGCGACGAAGAAUUAUGUCAUCACCGAGGAAAUGCUGUGCGCGGGCGCUGAGAAUGGUGCCAAAGACACUUGUCAAGGCGAUUCUGGCGGCCCACUGGUUGUGGACGGCAAAUUGCUUGGUAUUGUUUCUUGGGGUAUUGGUUGUGCUCAAGACUAUCCCGGCGUGUAUGCCAGUGUACCGUAUCAUGCCGCAUGGAUUGAAGAGCAAGCCGCAGCAUACUUGUGAGUUGGCAAGUGGUAGAAGGGAUUAUAAAGAGGAGCGAAUAACAAAAGCUAAGCGAACAAAAGCCAGUGAACAAAUAUAUAAAUACAUUAACAUAUUUAAAUACUAUAUAUUAUAUAUUUACUUGAUAUUUUACACAUCGAGUUUCCUUACUGAAUUGUGAUAAAUAUAACUUUUAAUAUUUUAUUAUUUUUGUUGAAGAAAUUUUUUGGUGAAGGACUUAUUGGAAAUAAAUGUAGAAAAAAAGUUAA